AUGUCUUUGAUUGCAUCAAAUCGUGAAGGUAUUGAAAAUGUUCGACAAGCAAAUGGUAAAUUUGCUUUCCUAACUGAAUCAGUAUUCAAUGAAUAUGCCAAUGAACGUUUACCAUGUGAUACAAUGCGUAUUGGUAAAAAUCUUAAUACAAAAAGUUAUGGAAUAACUAUACCAUUGGGGUCAGAUUUACGUGAAGCAAUAAGUAGAGCUGUUUUAGAAUUAAAAGAAAAUGGAUUUCUUGAACGUUUAAAACAAAAAUGGUAUUAUGAAAGAAGUGAAUGUACAAAUUUUGGUACAAAAGAGUUCAAACGAACAAGAACACUUAAUUUACUUAAUGUUGCAAGCAUGCUUUAUAUUUUAAUUAUGAGUCUUGGUAUAUCAAUGGUUCUUGCAGUUUUAGAAGUUUUACUUAAAACAAAAAUACGUUCGAAUCGAUUAAAUCAAUAUGAAGGAGAUGCUACGCCUCUAAACUUAAAAUCAACAAUGACAACUAUUGAUUCUAAUCCAAAACAACAAAAUGUUGAUUGUUUGCCAUUACAAUUACAACAACAGCCGGAUAUUUCGACAUCUAAUAUUCGAAAUAAUGAACCAUAA